GAAGCGAGAAGACGUAAGAAAAAAGUGAUCCUGAAAUAAAAAUUGUGUGAAAAAUAAAAAUAAUCAAGAUGAGAACAAAGAUGCCAGUGAAAAAGGGAGCUCGCGUGUUCAAGAAAGGCAUGAACACGAAGAAAAAGAUGCUGAAAUCCCGCAAUGAGGUCGCUGUUAAAUUCAUCACCGACAUCAUCGCGCGUCACGGUUUGGAUUUUACCGCCAAACUCACCCAAAUUUUGCGGAUUCAUCAAGCAAACAAGCCACACACCUAUGACUCCUUUGGUCUCGUAAAUUUCGUGGAAAAAACUGAGGGGAAGCUCGUCGGUGAAAUUACCAACAAGCGCCCCGAUUUACGCGUCAUCGAAGUUGGCUUGGAUGGCAAAGAAGCAGCUAUCAAUCGUCUCGACGUUCCCGUUCAUCCCUUAGCAACUACCGCAGUUGCUGCUCUUGACAUCGUCAAAAACGGCUAUUUACCUGCCGAAAAGGUUAACGAAGUCGCCGAUUUCUUAAAAUCCGAGAAAUUCGGCAAGGAAGCUUUCGAAUUCGAGCUCGACGAAAAAGUCUCCGAAGAAAAUCGCUUGCUCGUUCGCAAUGUUUUGCAAGUUCGUUGCGGAAUUGACGCUCUCGUGUCGUUAACCGGCACAAAACUCACCGUCAAGAAAUUCGACGGCAAAAAGGACAAACGCAACGACGUCUGGAUGUGGGACAAACCAUUUGUUCGUUUCGUUUGCCAUCGUAACUUGCGUUAUGCGAACAUUUUGGAACGUGCUGCGAAGCAUAUCGGCGUUCCCGUAUCAAAAUUCCAAAAAACACGCAUGGAAAAUACCGCCGGAUACACUUUGCAAGUCUUGCAAUUGGAAAAAGUCGAGCCUGCGUUGAUUCAACAAGCGUUCGAACGCACAAUGAGCAUCGUUUCUGACUUUGAAUUCACCGAUCAGGUACUUGAGGAGGGCAAAUAUCAGGGUUAUCGCACGAAAGCUGUUGUGCGAAAACUCAAAAUGACCGAAGAAGAGGUCAAAAAAGCGCUCGAGGUUUACACGCAAAAGGGUUAUAUCAAUUAUUUCGGCAUCAGUCCGAACGAUUUGCUUCGUACGCCUCGUCAUGACAUCGGCAAACACAUUGUCAAGAACGAUUUUUCCACAGCUGGCAAGGCGAUUAUUCGUCCUCGUCCCUUGGAUCGCGACAUUUACGAAGAAUUGAAAGAAUUUAUCUUCGUUGCGAACGAUCCGCGUAUCGUUGUGCCCGCUUUCAAGUUCCUCAAGCUCAAGGAAUCCAAUGAUUUGACCGCGAAAAUUGUCACUGCAAUGGUCGACAAUCGCCAUGGAAAAUUGGAAGGCAAAUUCGCAACUCAAGCCUUUGCCAAGGCAAAUCCGCAACAAGUCAUGGAAUACACAGACGCCUUCCUGAAUGUCAUCUGGAACCAAACUGUCAACAAAUUAAUCGAAAAACGCGGCGGUUCGCUCAAACUUGCUGCCGGAGAUUUAGUUUUCGUCGACAAAGCUGCCGAAAAUUUCAUCUUGCACGAAUGUUCGCCAACGAGCAGUGUUUUGCGCGAUACCGUGAAAGAAGGACAAAAAUCCUAUGCCGAGUACGUUAAGGUACUCACGGAAGAUGAUGUCAAAUCAGGAAAAUAUUCCGUCUUUGAUUUACUCGUUCCCGUACUCGGAUUCGACGUAAAAUACCCCGAAAACGAAGUUUCAACCAUAAUUGACGAACUUUUGAACAAAAAUGACAUCAGCAGCAAGGAUUGGUUCCAAAAAGCCCAUUCCAAUACGAUUCAUGGCGUGCCCGUGACAUUCCGCGGAACUUAUCGCAAAGUUUUGCAAAAGCCCGUUAACGUCUCGUUCAAGAUUGAAAAGUACACGGACGAGAAAUUGCCACUUUUCUUGCAAGAUAUCCCGGUUCGCAAACGCGAAGAAGCUGAAAAAGCCGAAAAAGCUGAAGAAAAGAAAGAAGAAGUUAAGGAGGAGAAAAAAGAUGAAAACAAACCGGCGGAAGAAAAGAAGCCAGCUGAAGAACACGAUGCUCUGAUUCUGGACUUUUUCGUGCCAAAAGGUACGCAAACCGUUGUCGCGUUGCGCGAACUCUUUAAGAAAAACGAUUUUGGUGAUUUAGCUGCACCGUUUUCUGAGCGCAUCUCCGACAAGAAUUUCUCGAGUCGCUGCAAAGAGAAAAUGAAAUUUUUGCUUAACCAUUGCAAGCAUUUGCAGAUGCGCGGAGGCCCCGGAGGCAUGGGCGUCGUACCCAUGAUGCGAGGACCUCCAAAUAUGGGACCUCCCGUAUUCAUGGGACCCCCCAUGGGUCGUCUCAUGGGUCCCGAUCCGAAUGCUCGCAUCCACAUGUUGGAGCAAGAGUUGCUUAAUUUGAAGCGCAAAACGCAAAAGUUGGACAACACUCGUCCCCAACGUAAUCCGGGCUUCCGAGGUAACAAUAAUAAUAAUGCGGGCGGCGUGAAUGUCAAUCGCGGCAAUGCACGCCCCGGCAAUAAUACCAACAAUGGCAAUAACGUAAACGCCAGUCCUCAGAAGCAAGCCCAACAGCAAAACAAUAAGCAACAGCUUAAUAACAAAGCAGGUGCGAAUAAUCAGCAGCAGCAACAGCAUCAACAAAACAACCAGCAAAAUAACGCGAAUAACGUUUCGAACGCGAACAAUAAUCGCGGUCUGAACAAUCGCAAUGCGCCCUCUAACGUCAAUCGUAAUCGUAAUCAGCAGCAAGGUAAUCAAGGCGGAAAUAAUCUCCGCAAUAACCUUAACAAUCGUAAUGGCGGCAACAAUUUUGGCGGGAACAACAGACCCCAGCAGCAAAUGCAACAACUUCAGGACAAUAACUCGUCCUGGAAUAAUUCCGUGAAUCAAAAUAACUUUGGCAACAACCAGUUUAGAGGCCAAAAUCAAACGCGUGGCGGGCAACAACAAGCCCAAAAACGCAAUUCCGGUAACUUUAACGCGAAUAACGCAAACAAUCGCGGCGGUAAUGCCUUCGGCAAUAAUCCCCCCUUUGCCCAGCAAAACUUUAACAGUAACGAUAACAAUUCCGGCAAUAACUACAACGACGAUAACGACUUCACAAAUGACUUUAUUCCCCCGCCCAUGAAACGUAAUCGUUUCGAAAACAAUUCCGGCAACAAUAACGCCAAUAAUGCGAAUCGCGGCUUUGGUGGCGUCAAUCGCAACCAACAAUCGAACAAUUUCCAAAAUAAUAAUCGCGGCAACAAUUUUGGCGGGAACACGCAAAAUGGCGGUAACAAUCAAAACCGUUUCGGAUCUAAUAAUAACAGUAAUAAUAGCAACAAUGGCGGAAACAUUCAGGGUCUUUUCGAAAGACGCAAUGACUAUAACGAUUUCUCCAAUAAUGAUAACAGCAAUAGCUUUAAUAGUGGCAAUCGCGGAGGCGGCAAUUUGCUACAGAAACCCGCUUUCAUGGCAGGCGGAAAUCGAAACAAUUUUGGAGGCGGAAAUCGCCGUGGAAACUUUAACUUUUAAUUUUAUUUCACAACAAAAAUUGUAACAAUUUUUAUUAUUUUAGCUUUUUAAUGUUUCUCUUUCUUCUUGACUCUCACAAAAGAAAAGUCUUUACUUACAUAGAAAUUAAUUGUAAAUGUAUCAAAAGUGACAAAUUUUCUGUCCAUUAAAAAAAAUAUAAAAAAAAAUUAUAUUUAAAACUAAAAAUAUCCACAAAAAAAAAAUUAACUGAAAAAGAAACUUCCCCUUAGCAAAUAUUGAUAUUUAGCACAAUAAGUACUGUAACUUAAAAAAAAAACUAGUUUUAGUAACAAAAACAUGAUUGUAAUAUAAAAACUAUUAUAUUUAAAAAAAUAUUAUAUUUUACUCGGUUUCGAUUAGAAACCUACAAAAAAAAAUAUUUAAUCAAAGAAAGACAAGAAAAUAACUCAAAAAAAAAUGCUGUAUGCUGAUUUUAGGGUUUGGACUUUAGCGAGGAACAAACUUGAUAACUAAACCACCUUUUUAUUUUUUUAUUAUUUUUUUUUUAUUUCUUGACUAUUAAAUAUAUAUAUCUCGAUAGUAUUAGUGUGUUUUCUGCAUUGAGCUUUCAUUGUGUGAAAACAUUAACAUAACUAUUUAAAAUAAAAAAAACUUUAAAAAA